CUCGAAUUCAGCCACCGCACGCCCUAUACAAGCUCAGUUGAGCCACCGCGCUGCAUUUCGUAGCCGAAGCGGGGGGCGUCACAGGCUUCGUCGUGCGCCUUUGUUUAGGCUGCUCCACCGCGAUAACAUCCAGCAUCGCCAAUAAAUUGAGAAGUUCUCAAUGCAAUGUCAACUGUCUAUAUGCAGCUUCUUUAACCCCCUGUCUGCGCCCCACCAGCUCUCUUCACUCCUGUAGUUUUUAGUUGAUAUCAUAUCGACGACUCUACAGCUCCUCAUAGUGCCGUCAUAGUGCUCUCGGUGCAUCAUCAUGACUGAGUCGACGCUGAUCCCAGCGGGGAGAUACAUUUUCGAGCGUGUUGCUCAGCUAGGAGUGAAGCAUGUAUUUGGCGUUCCUGGUGAUUUCAACUUGACGUUGCUGGAUGAGCUUCUCAACGUGCCCCAGCUAAAAUGGCAAGGAGCAUGCAAUGAGCUCAAUGCUGCCUACGCCGCUGAUGGAUAUUCCCGUGUACGCGGUCUCCCAGGAGUGUUGGUCACUACAUACGCUGUUGGCGAGCUCUCUGCCAUGAACGGCGUUGCAGGUGCAUAUGCAGAACAUGCAGGGAUGAUCCACGUUGUCGGAAUGACGGCGCGAAACUUACAAAAAUCUAAAGUCAUGAUCCAUCACACGUUCAAGCCAGAACAGGAUCACGCGAUUUACGCCAAAAUGACUGAGCCCAUUAACAAAACACAGGCACUCCUAUUCGAUGACGCGACUAUGGCUGAGGAGGUCGACCGUGUGAUCGUCGAGGCUGUCAAGAGUAGACUCCCCGUCAGCAUCUACGUGCCGACAGACUCGGUCGCCGUGUCAGUGGAUGCGAAACGGUUGCAGAUUCCGCUAGAUCUGGAGAUUAAGAACGAUCCGCAAGUUGAAGAGAAGAUCGUGGAACGCGUCCUCGAGGAGAUUUCCAAGGCGUCGAAUCCGGCAAUCUUGGCUGAUGUGCUGACCAUACGCCACAAGGCUCUCGCAGAAACACGUAGACUGGCUGACUUGACCCGAUUUUCGAGCUACUCAACGCCGCUCUCUAAGGGGGUUAUUCAUGAGAACAAAGAAUACUACAACGGUGUUUAUAAUGGCCAGGUGUCCUUUCCUGAAACAAAAGCAGCGCUCGAAGGGUCAGAUCUGGUGUUGAACAUUGGCCCACUUCUUUCAGAUUCUAACACUGGAGGAUUCACGCGUGGCCUGUCAGACGAUAAGCUCAUCAUGCUUGCACACGAUUACUGUGCAGUGAAAAAGGAACGCUUUGACGGGGUGCACUUUCUGCCUGUUUUACAACGAAUUGUUCACGAAUUAGAAAAGAACCCUUCAACCUAUAAGCUUCCACGAUCACCACAGCCGAAAGUUGAGACCCCCAUCUUGAGCGAUUCCAAAUCGGGCCCAAUUACCCAAGGCUAUACCUGGCAACGACUUGGAAAAUUCACGCGUCCCGGCGACAUAGUCGUCGUCGAAGCCGGCACGGCGCAAUUCGGCAUGCCCGAUGCCGUAUUCGCCGAAGACGUGAGCUACCUGACACAAAUCUACUGGUCAUCGAUCGGCUUCUCUGUUGGCGCUUGUCUGGGAGCCUGCACAGCAGCCCGCGAACUUGACAUCGAUAAUAAGCGACGACGCGUGAUUCUAAUCGUUGGAGAAGGAUCGUUGCAGAUGACUGUUCAGGAAGUUGGAUCGUACAUUCGAUUCGGAUACACGCCGCUCAUCUUUGUCAUUAAUAACAACGGAUACUCGAUCGAGCGGGCUAUCCAUGGACCAAAGCAGGAGUACAAUGAUAUUAGUAUGCUGUGGGAUCACCAACAAUUGUUAGGGUUUCUGGGUGCGCGGAAAGAAACUGGCAUCAAGAGCCGGAGCUUCGCGUGCAAGACUGUCGAGGACUUGGAGGCGGUGCUGACAAACGAGGAGUUUGUCGAGGCUGAUUAUAUCCAGCUGUGUGAGAUAUUCAUGGACAAAUUCGACUAUCCUUGGCGUCUGACUGGACAGCUGGACGUCGUCCGCAAGAGGGCGGCAGCAUUGCAAGCGAAACUUGAUGGUUGAGACUGAGAGAGGAUAUGAGUGAUGUCCGAUAGAUACGUGCCAUUGUCAUGAACACAAGACAGAAUAACAACUUCAACCUGAAAUCUCCAAUACACAUGUAGUGCCUGGAUGUAAAGUAAAGUAGUAAUUGCAACAUUGAAUGCCAUCUCUGCAUUUGGCCUAUGACGUCAGCCCCUCCUUCCUGAUCAGGCACGUGCAUAUUCAAGC